AAGUGGUUCUGUUUACUUAUAUAAUUAUUCUUUAUAAUGUAUGUCACUAAAUUUAUAAUUUAGCAUGGGUUAUAAAACUUUUGUUCUCGACGAAAACAUGCAAGAUUGAUGAUGCAUGCACGGCACACUUAGAUGAAUGGAAGAAGAAUCAUAAGAGGUGUCAUCCCGAAACAACAUCAUCACAGGUUGCUCUGUUUCUCAAGCUGGUCCUCCUACGACAUAGGAACCUGCAUUGCCACCCUCCAAUCAUGUGCCCACAACGCAAACCUCUCCAAGGGCAAGGAACUCCACACCCACUUGCUCAAAAACGCCUUCUUUGGAUCCCCCCUUGCCGUCACAAGCCUCAUCAACAUGUACUCCAAGUGCACCCUCAUCGACCACUCCUUCAAAGUCUUCAACUUUCCCACCCAUCACGACAAAAACGUCUUCGCCUACAACGCCCUCAUCGCUGGCUUCGUCGCAAACGCCCUUCCCCAACGUGGUUUUGCUCUCUAUAGCCAAAUGAGGCAUAUGGGUAUUGUCCCGGACAAAUUCACUUUCCCGUGUGUUAUCAGAGCCUGUGGCGAUCUUAUUGAGAUUACGAAGAUUCAUGGGUUGUUGUUCAAACUUGGGUUGGAGUUGGACGUGUUUGUUGGCAGUGCGUUGGUUAAUACUUACUUGAAAUUCGGGUUGGUGGGGGAGGCACACGAGGUGUUUGAGGAAUUUCCUGUGAGAGAUGUGGUGCUUUGGAAUGCGAUGGUUAAUGGGUAUGCGCAGAUUGGGAGGUUUGAGGAGGCUCUCGGGGUGUUUAGGAGGAUGUGGGGAAAUGGGGUGGUUCCUUGUAGAUACUCUGUUACCGGGGUUUUGUCGAUAUUUUCUGUGAUGGGGGACUUUGACAAUGGACGAGCUGUGCAUGGGUUUGUGAUGAAAAUGGGUUAUGAAUUAAGUGUUGUUGUUUCUAAUGCGUUGAUUGAUAUGUAUGGGAAAUGUAAAUGUGUUGGUGAUGCGUUGAGUGUGUUUGAGGUGAUGAGUGAGAGAGAUGUUUUCUCGUGGAACUCGAUCAUGUCGGUUCAUGAACAGUGUGGUGAUCAUUAUGGAACCUUGAGGCUUUUUGAUAGAAUGUUGGGAACUGGGGUUCAGCCUGAUUUGGUUACUGUUACGACGGUUCUGCCAGCUUGUACUCAUCUGGCGGCGUUGAUGCAUGGUAGAGAGAUACAUGGGUAUAUGGUUGUAAAUGAGAUGGGGAAGGAGGGAAGUCAGAGUGAUUUUGAUUAUGUUUUGUUGAACAAUGCUUUGAUGGACAUGUAUGCAAAGUGUGGAAACAUGAGAGAUGCUCUCAUGGUUUUUGACAACAUGAAAGAGAAGGAUGUGGCCUCGUGGAACAUCAUGAUCACGGGUUAUGGAAUGCAUGGUUAUGGUGAUGAGGCAUUGGAUACUUUUUCUCGUAUGUGUGAAGCUCAAAUGAAACCUAAUGAAAUCAGUUUUGUUGGUUUGUUAUCUGCAUGCAGCCAUGCAGGCAUGGUGAAGGAGGGGCUUGAGUUUUUGUCAGAAAUGGAGUCAAAAUAUGGUGUUUCUCCAUCCAUUGAACACUACACCUGUGUGAUUGACAUGCUUUGCCGGGCAGGGAAGCUCGUGGAGGCUUACGAUUUGGUGCUAACGAUGCCGUUCAAGGCCGAUGCUGUAGGAUGGAGGUCUUUGCUAGCAGCAUGCCGUCUCCACAAGGACACAGACUUGGCUGAGAUUGCUGCUAGUAAGGUGAUUGAACUUGAACCAGGCCAUUGUGGAAAUUAUGUGUUGAUGUCGAAUGUUUAUGGAGUUGUUGGUCGAUAUGAGGAAGUAUCUGAGGUGAGGCAUAUAAUGAAGCAACAGAAUGUGAAGAAGAGACCGGGAUGUAGCUGGAUUGAACUUGUGAAUGGUGUGCAUGUUUUUAUAACGGGUGACAGGACACAUCCCCAAACUGACUUUAUUUAUGCUGGCUUAAAUUCGUUGACAGCGGUUCUGCAAGAGCAUGGGUAUGUUCCCCUUAUCUAGCAUUUGGUUUGCAAAGAAAGUGAGGCAUGAUUCUAUGACAACUUUUGUCAGAGUAAAUUGCACUGAGGUUUCGGGAGAUUGUAUAUGUCUUUGCCUAGGUGGAAAUUGAAAACGAGAUUUUCCGUUAAAUUGAUUGUCCCAGAAUGCCUAAUCACUAGUUAAUUCAUCGGGUUAUUAUCUGUUUUUAAUGUACAUUUUUCUAUCAUCUAGAUCUAGUUAAUUGUCACAAAAACUAUCCAAAAAGGGGAAAAAAUGAUCAUUAACAUAUG